GUGUGGAAGCGAUGGACGGGAUUAUCCAAAUGUGUGUGAACUGGAGAGGACAGCUUGCAAGCAAAUGAGAGAGAUUUCCAUCAAGUACCAAGGGCAUUGUGAUCCCUGUGAAGGAGUCGACUGCCCGUCAUCACAAAUGUGCCAGUUGGAUGAACAUCGAAAUCCUAUUUGCAGGUGCAAUGCAAUAUGCUCUCCAGACCUAAGGCCGGUUUGUGGAUCAGAUGGGAAAACCUACACAAACGAAUGCACAUUGCGAGUUGAAGCCUGCAAGUCUCGGAAAAGCAUAAGGAUUAUAUACACUGGUGAAUGCAGUGCUGGUAAGAAUUUAUAAUUUGUUUAUCAUAUUUCAGGAGCAAAUCCUUGUGAAAGUUUACAGUGUGGUCCAAAUCAGCAAUGUGACAUAGACCGAUACGGAAUUGCUACAUGUCAGUGUCCUCCUACGUGUGAACCUGUGAUGCGACCAGUAUGUGGUUCAGAUGGACACACGUAUCAUAAUGACUGUGAUUUGUUUCGCCAAUCUUGUCUGAUGAAGCGAGAAGUUAGUUUGGCCUAUCGAGGAGAGUGUGGAGAGCGAGGACCUUGUCAUAAGCAUAAUUGUAUGUUUGGAGCCAUUUGUGUCAUCAAAGGAGGGUACGCAGUGUGCGAAUGUCCAGCUUGUACUGAAGAAUUUGAGCCAGUGUGCGGUACAGAUGGGAUUUCUUACACAAACAUCUGCAAGUUAAAACAAGAAGGCUGUCAUCGAAAAAGUGAUAUUGAUAUAGCCUACACUGGACUGUGCAAUGGAUGCGAAAAUAAAAAAUGUGAGCAUUACGCUGUGUGUGAAAGUGACGGAAAGAAUGAAGCUCGAUGCGUUUGCCCCCACUCCUGCAUAAAAGUUGAAUCAUCUGUUUGUGGAACUGAUGGCGUGACUUACUUGAACGAGUGCGAAAUGCGAGUUGCCGCUUGUAAUAAGCAACAAUACGUCGUUGUUGGGUCAAGGGGUCCUUGUGACUUGUGCCAAAAUGUCCACUGCAAAUAUGGUGCUCGGUGUGAGAAUGGGCAAUGCGUAUGUCCCAUUGAUUGUCCUCCAAAUUAUGAAGUUGUAUGCGCAAGUGAUGGCACAACAUAUCAUAACGAGUGCGAAAUGCGUAGAGAAGCAUGCAUCAGAAGUCAAGAUUUCACAGUAUUAUUUUACGGCGAGUGUGAAGAUGUUGGAAGUUCUGGCCAAGACAUGGGAUCUGCUGGCAGAGGAUGCAUAGAAAAGAAUUGCAAAUUCGGAGCAACCUGUGAAUAUAAUGCUGACAAUCUUCCUCAGUGCGUGUGUGAUUUCAAUUGUCCUCUCAGCAGGGAACCUGUCUGCGGAUCAGACAACACAAUUCAUAUGAAUGAUUGUACUUUGAAAGAAGAAUCAUGUCGGAACCAGGAACAAAUUUAUAUUUUACCAAUGAAAAUGUGCGAAGAAUACAAAGAUAUACCUUGUGAUGGUGAGCCUCCAUUAUUAAAUCCUGUUAAUGGCAAAGAAUAUUUUUGUGGCGAUGGGGAAAAUUCUAAACGCUGUCCACCAAGCAGCUACUGUCACAAAACAUCAUCAUUUGCUAAAUGUUGUAGGGAAGUGGCUCUAAUUAAAACCUGCGCGGAUUCUACAUUCGGAUGUUGUCCAGAUGAUCAAACGGCAGCUCUUGGUGUUCAUUUUGCUGGAUGUCCAAGCGUGUGCAACUGCAACAGACUUGGUUCCUACGGAUUGACAUGCGACGCUGAAACGAUGCAGUGUUCUUGCAAGCCUGGUGUUGGGGGACUAAGAUGCGAUAGGUGUGAGCCAGGAUAUUGGGGUCUUCACAAAGCGUCAGAAGGCAAUAGUGGAUGCUCGUCUUGUAACUGCAAUCAAUACGGAUCAGUGCGUGAUGAUUGUGAGCAAAUGACUGGUAGAUGUGUUUGCAAACAAGGUAUCAAAGGAAUGAAAUGUGACGCUUGCCCAGCAGGGAUGGUUCUUGGACCGGAUGGUUGCAUGGAUGCAUCCAUUUCAAAAGCCAUCUCUGGUUCGUGCGAAGACCUCCGAUGUAUACAUGGUGCUACCUGCCUAGAGAAAGAUGGACUAGCACAGUGCACUUGCAAUAUCCAUUGCUCUCCUGAUGACAAUAAAGAAACUGUUUGUGGUACAGAUGGAAGCACCUAUGGAUCUGAAUGCCAGUUGAGAUUGUUUAGUUGCAGGUAUCAGAAAGCAAUUUCUGUAGCUUCCAAAGGACCAUGCAAAAGAGGAGGAGAUCUUGUUCCAACCCCUGGGCCUGUGAGAAGAUCCACUGUACAGCGCAUGGCAGCCGCAGAUCACUCGGAAACGAAGUCAACCAGAGAUAUCACACUCAGCAGACCUGAGAGCUAUCAACUGACGACAAGACCAACAGUUGCAACUCCAGUUGCCAUAGAAAACUUUGUUGAAACACCUUCAUUUUUUGGCCGCUCAUUUCUUGAGCUACCAAGACUACAAGCUUAUACUCGAUUGUCUUUGGAGCUGGAGUUUCGGACUUUUGCUGCAGAUGGAAUAUUACUUUACAACGGACAAACGUCAACCGGGAGUGGCGACUUCGUUUCAUUAGCGAUCAGAGAUGGUUUUGUUGAAUUCAGAUACAAUCUCGGCAACGGCCCCGUCAUACUGCGCUCUCCACAAAAGUUGCACUUGGGCAAAUUCCACCGGCUUAUAGCGAAGAGGUAUUUGCGAGAUGGAAUGCUAACACUUGAAGGGCAGGAAGAUGUCGCCGGCAGAAGCCAAGGAUCUUUGAAGUCCUUAGACCUCGGUGAAAAUUUGUUCCUGGGAUACGUUCCGACGGAAAGAAGGGGUAUUUUUGAGAACAUUGCUGUCAGUACUGGAAUGAUUGGUUGCAUUCGCCGACUGAAAAUAGGAAAGAAAGAAGUAGAUCUUCGAUACCCGAGUUCCAAAGAUAUAAUACGAGGAAGCAGCAUUCAUGAAUGCGGAUCCACGCCUUGCAUUAAUAUGCCUUGCAAGAACAAAGCUAUCUGCGAACCAGUUGGAGAGAACGAUUAUACGUGCUUUUGUCUGCCCGGAUUUACAGGAAGAACAUGUGAGUCCCUAGAAGAUGCCUGCCUAAACAAUCCUUGCUCUGAAGGGUCCACCUGUGUACCACAUAGUGAACAUGGAUUUAUAUGCAAGUGCUUGCCUGACCAUUCCGGAAAACUAUGUGAAAAAUCCAACAAAGAUAUAGACAGUAUAUUCAUUCCUGAUUUCAGCGGACAGUCUUAUUUAGAAUUUCCAACAUUAUCUAAUGUCCGACAGGCAUUCAAUAUUGAAGUGUGGUUUAUGACUCGCUCUCUAGAAGGAACUGUUUUGUACAACGGACAGCAAUCUUCAGGCAAAGGUGAUUUCAUUGCGAUAACGAUUUCAGAUGGGUACGUGGACUUCCGGUUUGAUCUUGGCAGCGCUGUUCCGUCCGUCUCAGGAGUUGUCAGCAUAAGGAGCCAAGCUCCCGUCUCCUUGAAUGAAUGGCACUCUGUGAAGGUAAAUCGCCUGUGGAAAAAUGGCACUUUGCAAGUAGAUGACGGCGAUAUUUCAAGUCGAGAAUCAGUGGCUUCGCUGACAGAACUGAAUUUGGAACAGAAUCUGUACGUUGGCGGGGUGCCAAACGAGGGGAUGGUCAACCCUGAAUCCGGCGUGAGCGCGGGACUCGAUGGAGCCGUCCAGAGGAUCAGCAUCAAUGGAGAUAUCUGGGACAAGCUGAUGUCCAGGGCUGUUUGGUCACACGGGGUGCGCCGCUACAGGGGACCCCCCUGCGACAAUUCUUCCCAGUGCCUCAACGAUGGGAUCUGCAUACCCCAGUUGAAUGUGCCUCUUUGCAGAUGUCCUUUGUACUAUUGGGGAACAAGAUGCGAAAAACGCAUAGCAAGAGAAGAUUUAGAACGUCCAGUAUCUUUUGAUGGUAGCAUGUUUCUAAGCUUUUCCUUGAAACUUUUCGCAGCGCGGAAAGGAGAAAGAAUGUAUCAUGGAAAAGAUUCUUCAGCAGAAGGACAACGCGAAACGAAUAUCGAAGUCACCUUUCGGACAAGCCAAGCUAGAGGCCUUUUACUAUGGACUAAUAAAGGAGCGACAAUCCGCGGAGACUAUUUAGCACUGGCCAUAACAAAAGGUCACGCACAAUUAAGUUUUAAUCUUGGGAAGCAAACAGAGCCACUUUUAAUCACUAGCCUUCAUAGGGUUGAUGAUUCAAGGUGGCAUACAGCGCUAAUAGAAAGGAAUAUGAGAUAUGGAACAUUAACAAUGGAUGACAAUCCCCCUAUCAGUAACACGUCAGAGCCAGGCGCCACAGAACUCAACACAGACGGUGUCUACUGGAUAGGUGGAUGCCCGAGCUUGCCCACAGGAUUACCUGAAGAUUAUUACCAUGGUUUUAAAGGUUGCAUUGAAUCUGUCGUUAUGGACGGUGAUCCUCUGCAUUUGGUGAUGCAUGGGACUGGUGACCUAACCUUUUGUGAUGGAUCUUGAUCACACUUCCAAUGAGUGCCUUUCUUAAAUUCUAUGCAGGAGGACUGAUACGUUGCCAUUGGUCAACAUCCAUUCCAAACAAUACAAUGUUCCAUGCGCAUGUCGCCGAAUCCGAAUAAAAUAUGUCAUGUGUCAAAAGCCAAAUACCAUUGAAAUAUUACGCUUAAAAAUGGUUUCCGGUAUCGAAUGAUACCAGUUCAUCAAUUCGGUUGUCUACGUUAAAAAUUGGAAGAAACAACAACACAAAAACCUUUUACGGUUUCAUUGAGCAAUUGGAAAGUCCAUGAAUAUUUUCAAUUCAUCUGGAGAUUGUGUUGAACGCCAAGGUUGAAGCUUGUUGAUUUACGUACCAAUCAAAGGACGCGGAGAGAGAAGAUACUGAAUUUUCAUUCAAACGUAAAACCUUACCCAAAUUACUGAAGACUGAUAGUUUUCAAUUGUUAUGAAUCAGAACGUUACAAUUUUAUAGAAUAAAGUGUCAUUUUGUGAUAUAUUAAAGAAGAUCAUUUUGUAAUUGUUUUGUCUAAAAAUGUUGUACAUAUGUUGGAUUUAUUCAUGUUUUAUAUUUGUUAAUGUAUCAUAGAAUUCAUA